GUGGGCACGUGUGUGGGGACGAGGCCGGUUUUCAGCCUGUCUUCCUCCUCAGAUCGAGCUGGCCAUUCUUCGCUUCCCGUACGAGUCCUGGGGGACCCCCUUCCAGCAGCUCAAGCAGGUGGUGGAGGAGCCUUCCCCCCAGCUGCCUGCUGAUCGCUUCUCCAAGGAGUUUGUGGACUUCACGGCACAGUGCUUAAGGAAGAACCCUGCUGAGAGAAUGAACUAUUUAGAACUUAUGGAACAUCCUUUCUUUACCUUGCACGACACCAAAGAGACUGACAUGGCCUCCUUCGUGACAGAGAUCCUCGGGGAAGACUCCUAACUCCCAGACCUCCUGGCUGCGUACAGUCCCCUUCAUCCAGCACCCGACUUCUGUGCAGAAGAGCAAAUGAGGACUCGUGUUAACAGUGGUUUGCACAAAUCGCAUUUCCCCAGCCCGUUGGCAUCUC